AUGAAUAAACCAUCACCGAUAAAGGAUUUCAUCUCCGGAGGUAUCGGUGGGAUGGCGAUUGUAUCAAGUGGUCAUCCGCUAGACACGAUAAAAGUUCGACUGCAAACGCAACCAAAGUUAAAGCCAGGCGAGAAGCCAAAAUACUCAGGGACUUUGGAUUGUUUUAAAACGACCAUAAGGAAUGAAGGUUUAAGAGGAUUAUAUAAAGGCAUGGCUGCGCCUCUAAUUGGAGUAACACCUAUGUUCGCCGUUUGCUUUUUUGGGUUUGGUAUCGGAAAAAAACUGCAAAUGAAAUCUGAAAAUGAUUCAUUGAACUCCUUUCAGAUAUUCAAUGCUGGGAUGCUAUCUGGACUACUUACUACUGGCAUUAUGGCGCCUGGGGAGAGAAUAAAGUGCUUAAUGCAAAUACAAUCCGAUUCGGGGAGUGCAAAAUAUGCUGGGCCUUUAGACUGUGCUAAGCAACUGUAUCGUGAAUCAGGAAUUCGUGGCAUCUACAAAGGCACAUGUGCAACUUUACUACGAGACGUGCCAGCUACUGGAGCUUACUUUACCUCAUAUGAGCUACUAUUGAAUACGCUAACACCUGAGGGAAAAAGCAGGUCUGAUUUGGGGCCUUUUCGUGUAUUGUUUGCCGGCGGAAUGGCAGGUGUUUUUAACUGGAUGGUCGCACUACCGGCAGAUACACUGAAAUCUCGGUUGCAAACAGCUCCGGAGGGGAAGUAUCCGCGUGGUGUUAGAGAUGUUUUUCGCGAGUUGAUAAGAGAGGAAGGUGUAGGAGCGCUAUAUAAGGGCAUUACGCCUGUAAUGUUAAGAGCUUUUCCAGCAAAUGCAGCAUGUUUCCUAGCUGUAGAGAUUACCAUGAAAAUUUUAAAUUGGAUUGCGCCGAAUCUCUAA